UCGCGAUGCCAAGACGAGUGGCUACCCCGCUCGACGCUGUGCAUGAACGACGCGUCGGUCGUAGCAUUACUGUGGGCCCAUCGGCAAAGCGACUGGAACUGGAGAGAUCUUAUCCUCACAGCGAUCAACGAGCACGCGCUUCAAGCUCUGGCCUUUCUAUGUGCUCACUCGCCGCCAACGGCCUUGUCGGGUGUGCUGGACGCAGUGAGCGGCAGUAGCCCACUGUCUUUGGUCGAGGUCUUGCACGCUCGUGGAGCCGACUGCACGCACGUGGCGAUGGACAGAGCCGCAUCUGCCGGCAACUUUGACGUCGUCGUCUUUUUGCACGAGCACCGUACGGAAGGCUGCACCACCGACGCGAUGGACAGAGCCGCCACGUACGGCUACUUCAACGUCGUCGCUUUUCUUCACGAAAAUCGCUGCGAAGGCUGCACCACAGACGCACUCGACGGAGGCGUGGGCGGCGACUACCUCGAUAUCGUCCGGUUCCUCUUUGACCACCGGGACGAAGGUGCGUCCUCCGACGUCUUGGACAAGGCUGCGGCGAACGGCAACUUAAUCAUUUUUGUGUACUUGCAGCAACGUGGGCCGUUUGCGCACUCGACGGCCGCCAUCGACUUGGCCGCCAGCAACGGCCACCUCGACGUUGUCGCCUACCUCUUGGCCCACCGAGAGGACGGUGGCAGUCUGGAUAGUACCGUUCGCGGUGCACUCGAGAACGGCCACAUUGCGAUCGUCGAGCUCCUCGUCGCUGCGGGGUAUCCUCUUCCAACGGACGUUUCCCGCGUCGUACGGGCGAUGCGCCAGCCCAACGCGCUCGCUCUCUUGCAGCUCUACGUAGCCCAGGGCGUUGCGCUGCCAGGAGCGUGGACAGCUGAUGUGCACACGUUUGGCGCCAAGGACGUGUCUGCGUUUUACCGCCGCCACUCGCCGCACCACCCGCCCAACAAUUUAAGCCUCCAUUUUGAGCAUAUGACGCUGGACGAAGUGCGGACGGCGCUCGCAAAGGAAGAUUUCAAUGCAGUUGCUGCGCUCUGGGCGACGCAGCCCGAGAUGCGCCAGGACUUCUUGCUCGAGGUUAUCGUGCGCACCAACGAGUCGCUCGACGCCCUCUCGUUUCUCCUUGAAGCAGGCGUCGGGCAGCCACGGGACGUUGCACGCGCGUCCAUUCGUCGCCGGAGCUUCGCCAUGCUGCGCAUUCUCCUACCCUAUUGUCUCGACCCAAGGGAUCCUAUCGACAACCUCGUCUUCCUUAUCGAGUGGGUUCAUACGCAGUCGCACGACUUCACCGCGUCACCGCUCCUUUUGCUCAAGACCGAGAUGAUCGCUCAGGCAUAUGCGGCCAACUGCCUUGACAUCCACGUCGGCUCGGGUAUCGAGGCACUGACGGCGGAGCUAUUGGAGACGGGCGCGACAUCUUCGAUCGUGGAACCUGCGAUCGGAGGCCUCGAACAACGCGUGCUCUUCAAGUCGGGUGUCGCCGACUGGGGCCUUGCCACGCUUUUUGUGCAUUUCGCGGCCGUGGACCCUACCAAGCACGUUGCGCAGCUGCUACGGUGGCUCGAUAUGGUGACCAAUGCGGUUCUAACGACGCAUCUGCAGCACCUCCUCAACAAGACGUUUGCCGACCGCCUUGAUGUCGUCGCUGCUGCGCGAGCGGCGUCGGAUGCCCAUACGUACGCAGCGGCGUACGACGACUAUUAG